UGAUCCAAGGUGUGGAGUUUUCCACUGUGGCAGGAUGGAGGUACUCAAUAAGUCUGGAUUUUGAGGUUUUGGUUUUUGGAACAGGCUCCUGCCUCCCAUGGGUGACGAUGACCUCCCCGGGGACCUUCAGUCGCUGUCAUGGCUCACAGCCGUGGACGUGCCUCGGCUGCAGCAGAUGGCAAGCGGGCGGAUAGACCUGGGUGGCCCCAGUGUUCUGCAUCCACACCCAGGUGCCUUGGCUGGGGCAGCCGACCUGAGUGUGGGUGCAACCCCACGUCCCCUGCUCCGGGGCCAAGCUGCCAUGGCCCCCAGAGGCAUGCUGGGCUUGGGCCCCAUAGGCAGCCACAGAGCCAGCGCUGAGCAGAUGAACCAGUUCCCUAUAGGAAGCCAGUCAUCCUCGGGCCCACAGGAAAUACCACAGCUGUACUCACCUCCGACCCCACUCCAGUUCCCUCUGCCUCCAGGGUCCCAGCAGUGCCCUCCUGCAGGCCUCUAUGGCUCCCCAUUUGCAGCACGGCCUUCCUACCCACAAGCCCACAUGACCGCACAUCCAUCUCAGGAGCUGCACCCCAAACACUACCCCAAACCCAUCUACUCCUACAGCUGUCUGAUCGCCAUGGCCUUGAAGAGCAGCAAGACUGGCAGCCUGCCUGUGAGCGAGAUCUACAGCUUCAUGAAGGAGCAUUUCCCUUACUUCAAGACGGCGCCCGACGGCUGGAAGAAUUCAGUAAGGCACAACCUGUCACUCAACAAGUGCUUCGAGAAGGUGGAAACCAAAUCCAGCGGCUCCUCCCGCAAGGGCUGCCUGUGGGCCCUGAACCUGGCGCGCAUCGACAAGAUGGAGGAGGAGAUGUAUAAGUGGAAGAGGAAGGACCUCGCGGCCAUCCGCCGCAGCAUGGCCAACCCGGAGGAGUUGGACAAGCUCAUCUCAGACCGGCCGGAAAGCUGCCGGCGUCCUGGCAAACCAGGGGAGCCUGAGGCCCCCGUGCUGACUCACGCCACCACAGUGGCCGUGGCCCACAGCUGCCUGGUCACCUCCCAACUCCCGCCAAAGCCACCGAUGACCCUGUCCCUGCAAUCAAUCCCCCUGCACCACCAGGUCCAGCCCCAGACACACCUGGACCCAGACUCCCCGGCACCAGCCCAGACCCCACCCCUUCAUGCCCUACCCCAUCUCAGCCCAGGGCCUCUCCCCCAGCCAGCCAUGGGGAGGCCCCCUGGGGACUUCCUCAACAUCAGCACCGACAUGAACCCGGAGGUGGAUGCCCUGGACCCCAGCAUCAUGGACUUCGCUCUACAGGGUAACCUUUGGGAAGAGAUGAAGGAGGACAGCUUCAGCCUGGAGACGCUGGGGGCCUUCGGAGACUCCCCACUGGGCUGUGACCUGGGGGCCCCAAGCCUGACCCCUGUCUCUGGCAGCGGCGACCAGACCUUCCCUGAUGUGCAGGUGACAGGUCUCUAUGCUGCAUACUCAACCCCAGACAGCGUGGCCCCAGCGAUGGCCACCUCUGCUCAGUACCUGGGUACUCCAGGGAAUAAGCCCAUAGCUCUGCUUUAAGCCGCCCGCCGGUCUGGAGGAAAGCACCGUAGCCCUGACAGUGUCUCCAGCUGCUGGUGGACGAGGAAGUCCCAAUGCUUAGUUCUUCUUGCUCCCUCCAUGCCACCACCAGACACUUCUGGGGCACCCAAGUCAGAAGCAUGGGGGGGAUGUCAAGCACCCCACCUCCCCUUCUCCUUCAGGGCCUGAGAAAGGGGCAUGGCCAUGUUGAGGUCUGGCUCCCGGCAGGCACUGGGUGGUCAGCGGCCCACCUGGGGACACAGCAGUGUGUCAAAGAGACACAGGAGAGAAAGCUCUAAGCAUGCAUGUUCUCCCAGGAAAGCAACCUCUGCCUGUGCCUCAGAGAGUGGCCCGAGACUAGAGAAGGGCUUGGUCAGUCUUGGAUCUGCCUUGGAGGUGAGACAGUUGACCUCUGCCAUGGGUUCCUGCCCACCACUCCUGGAGUUUCCUGUGCUGACCACUGGGACCAUGUAUAAAUUUAUUUAUUUUUUAUUGUGACCCCAGCUGAGGUCCCUGGAAUGAGACUGGGCAGACUCCCCACCACUCAGCAAUCCCGACUCCCUAGUGACCCCAAGUUACAUCUCCAGCCUGCUCAGGCAGACCCCGGCAGCCCCCGGCAGCCCCCGGCAAACCCCGGCAGCCCCCGGUAGACCCUUGCAGACCCCGGCAGACCCUUGCAGACCCUUGCAGACCCUUGCAGACCCUUGCAGACCCUUGCAGACCCCGGCAGACCCAGGUAGCCCUGCCAUUCAGAGAAUGAGCAAGCACUUUUGCUACUGGGAAGCACCUGGCCAUUUUCCUACUAGGUCAGAUCUUUUCCCCCGGUGUUUAAUCAUGGCUCACAUCUACUCCUGGGGACACCCAGGAGGGGAGGUGCCGUAGCAGUGAGUUUGGAAGGGAUCCCAAACUGUGGGGCUGAGAAGAGGAAGAAAAGGCAGAGACCUGUCUGUGCCAGGUUUGGGAUGCUCGUGACAAGACGAGAACCUCUAGCCCUGAGCCCCUUCACCCUGCGCAGCAGUACAGCGUGGAAUGUUGGCUGCCCUGUCUUGCCUGUAUCUACUCUUAUAUUGCGCUCCUUGUUCCACGACUGGUUUUUCCAAGUGAGGGUUCUGCAAGCAGGCAGGUCUCUUUGUCUUGAUGUUUGUCUGACCCCACGUCUGGGAGUUCACACCCUAGGGCCAAAUGUUCCGAAGAACCAGCAUGUGGGCCAGCUGUCUGGAAGGGCAAUGCGAGCCCUUGUCCUCAAGGGCCAUCUUUCAGGCCUUCCCCUACCUCCGUGGGUCCAUCCCUGUCUCUAGACCACGCAGCCCAGCCCAUCUGACCAGGCUUGCUCAGCUGCUGUGUGCCAGGACUCUUGAUAAGUCAUGGUGUUUAAGUGUUAAAACCCGCCAGGCGGUGGUAGCACACGCCUUUAAUCCCAGCACUCGGGAGGCAGAGCCAGGCGGAUCUCUGUGAGUUCGAGGCCAGCCUGGGCUACCAAGUGAGUUCCAGGAAAGGCACAAAGCUACACAGAGAAACCCUGUCUCGAAAAACCAAAAAAAAAAGUGUUAAAACCCUGCAUCCAGGCAGUGCCAAGACUCUGUAGGUAUAGUACCGAGUAACCGUCUACUGUCAAUAAAGGCCGAACAGCAGCAGCGUGGCUCAGUAUAGACGGCAGGGACAGACAGACAGACACACACACACACACACACACAGGUACACAGCACAGGAACCUGGCCCUCUGACACCACGUUCCCACUGCAUCUGAGCCGAAAGGGGUGGGGUCGUCAAUGAAAUUCACAUGGCUGGCAUUUACUGUCCCUCAGAAUGCACACUUGGCAGGUAGCGUCUUGGGAAUGAGUUGCAGACAAUUGGCAACCACUCCCGAAGCGGCGGCUCAGAGAGUAUUUGGGGGUGCUGAGUCUUCCCGGGCCAGCUUUAGGCUUGAGUGUGGCUGCUCCACCUGGG